AUGAAUAAUGAACAUAGAAAUUACAUGGCUAUCAUUAACCCUCAUCCUCACCUCAGAGGCAACGCUAACUACUAUGGAAUGUUACCCACAGAGAACCCCCUCUAUGACUGGAGAGCUGUAACAAACGGUUCUACAGACCUGUAUUUGGAAGGAGGCUUCCAUCAAUCCGUACAGAACGUAGCUGAAAGCCAGCUGGUGCAAGCCCCCUUCUUCCAGCAAAGGGGAGGAAGAGGCAGGAGGAAGCUUCGGCUAUUUGAAUACCUUUUCGAAUCCCUGUGCAAUUCAGAGAUGGUGUCUUGUAUUCAGUGGGUCGACAAAGCCAGAGGCGUCUUUCAGUUCAUAUCAAAAAACAAAGAAGCACUCGCUGAACUCUGGGGAAAGAGAAAAGGCAACCGGAAACCCAUGACUUACCAGAAGAUGGCCAGAGCCCUGAGGAAUUAUGCCAGAACUGGGGAGAUCAUAAAAAUCCGGAGAAAGCUGACCUACCAGUUCAGCGAGGCUGUUCUCCAAAGACUUGCUCCAGCUCACUAUCUGGGAAAAGACCCUUUCUAUCCUCAGUAUGGCCAGCCUGAUCAGGGCUACCUCAGUUUAAACCACUGGAAUGCAAAUCACUAUGCUCACGCCAGUUACCAGAGCUGA